AUGGCCCUAAAUUUCCAAGAGAUUGCUCUCCUCUCUGCCUACAUAAUAUAUUUCCUCGCCGGUCUCCCUGCCAACCUCCUGGCCCUGCGGGCCUUCACAGGACGGGUCCGCCAGCCCCACCCUGCCCCCAUCCACAUCCUCCUGCUCAGCCUGACGCUCGGGGACCUCCUCCUGCUGCUGCUGCUGCCCUUCAAGAUGAUCGAGAUCGUGAACAACUUCCGCUGGCCCCUGGGAGACACGCUCUGUGCCCUCACCGCCUACGGCUUCUACAGCAGCAUCUACUACAGCACGUGGCUUCUGAUGGGCAUCAGCAUCGAGCGCUACCGCAGUGUGGCUUUCCCUGUGCAGUACAAGCAGUCCCGUCGACCCAUAUAUGGAGUGAUUGCCUCUCUGGUCUCCUGUCUCUUGUCCUUCGGACACUGUAGCAUUGUGAUCAUCGUCCAUUACUUACCAGCCCAGAAGGAGGGGGUUGAUGAUUCCAUAGUCCUCCCUGCCUGCUAUGAGGACUUCUCCGAAGAGCAACUGAAAGUGUUGCUUCCUGUGCGGCUAGAGCUGUGUCUCUUCCUCUUCUUUGUCCCCAUGGUGGUCACCAUCUUCUGCUACUGGCGCUUCGUGUGGAUCAUGCUCUCUAGACCCCAAGUGGGAACACGGAAGCGCUGGAGAGCUGUGGGGUUGGCCGCUGUGACCCUCUUCAACUUCUUGGUCUGCUUUGGGCCUUAUAAUGUGUCUCAUGUGGUGGGAUUCUUCCAGAAAACGAGUGAACGGUGGCGGGUGUGCGCCGUGUUGCUCAGUGCUCUCAAUGCUUGUGUCGACCCCUUGAUUUUCUACUUCUCCUCCUCAGCUAUGCGCAAAGCCUUUGAUCAAAGGCUACGGGGUCUGCAGAGCUGGGGUGUCUUACUGUCAGGGUACUGUAGGAGGAGAACUGGGGAGCCGGCUGCAGAGAGAGAUGGGAGUUUAGGUAUGGCCAAUGUCAACUUCACAGGAGACUGA